CCUCUCAACUCAGUAACGCAGAUUCAUUUAUAUUUAUAUAUUUUAUAUCAUAUUUUAGAAUUAAAUUUGUUCUCUGAAGAUAAUUCUGAUGUCAGAGAGCUGCAACUCUCGGCACUUCUCAUGGCUCAUGAAAUCUUGUUUACCAAAUCCUUCCGACGCCAAAUCACUAGUUCCGAUUCACCAACCGUCGUCCACGGCGGCGAAUUCUUCAGCUACGAUCGCUUCCCUACCUGACGACUUGCUCCUCGAAUGUAUCUCCAGAGUCCCUUCCUCUUCGAUUCCUUCUCUCUCCGUCGUAUGUCGCCGCUGGUCUCGUCUCCUCCACUCUCCUUACUUUCUCGACCUUCGCCGUCGUUUGGGAAUGCUCCGGCAUUCUCUGUUAGCGAUCUCCGCCGUUGAUUCUGGACUUUUCGCCGCGGAUUUGCAGUUUCAGUCCGAGGUCGUCGCGACUUGGAAAGUGUCUCUCGCCGUUUCGAGUAGGUCUGUUUGUGUCGACGGGAGUUUGUCUCAUGCUCGCGCGGCGGCGAUUGGACCUAGGGUUUAUGUUGUUAGUAGAAAUGCUGUUUUGAGAUACGAUUCGUGGAUGGGAACGCUUGUUUUGAGAUCUCCGAUGCUUUUUCCGAGGAAGAAAUUCGCAAUCGCGGUGGUUUCUGGGAAGAUCUACGUUGCUGGAGGUGGUGGUGGUUCGGAGGUUGCGGCGGCGGUGGAAGAGUACGAUCCGGAGUUUAAUCGGUGGGUUGUGGUUACUCAAUCGGCGAGGAAGAGGUACGGUUGCAUCGGAGCUUCCGUUGACGGAGUUUUUUAUGUGAUUGGUGGUUUAAAAAUUGGGAACGAAACCUCACGCGCGUUGGCGGCGCGUGCUUACGCGAGCUCUAUGGAUCUUUUCGACGUGGAAUCGCGUCAGUGGUUGAGGAGUCGUUCGGUUCCUGGCGGUGGAUGUGUAGUGGCGGCGUGUGCGGCGGUUGGGUAUAUUUACGUGUUAAGCAGCCACGCGGUGGAGCUUUCGUUUUGGCGAUUUGACGCGCGUCGUCGCGGCGGUAACAGCGGGUUCGGAGAAUGGCGGAGGCUGAAAAGUCCGCCGUUACCGGCACAAGUACGGUUAGACGGAACGGUGAGGUUUAGCUGCGUGGGAGUGGAAGAUAAAGUAGCGGUGGUUCAAGUAGUGGGAUGUAUCGACGAUUUGCUCCGGCGAAGCGGGAGGAGCGAGAGAGGGCUGAGAGAAAGCCUUGUGUUGAUGUACGAUACGGUGGAUGGAGAGUGGAGAAGAGCGGCGGAUUUACCGGAGAUGAUUACACGCGCCGCCUGUGCGUGUGUGGAGUGGUAAUAAGAGUGUGGAGAGGAGACCACGGCGCAGGAUUAAAGGGUAAUGAGGCUAACGUACGCAGGAUUUUAUUAAAGUGAGCGAAUACAAAAUCAUUAUUAUUGGUGCACAUGUUUAUGGAAAAGCAAACAGCGUUCUUGAGCUCGUGACCUUAUUGGCUGUUUUGUUUUCCCCAAUAGAUGAAAACAAAACUUUUCUUUUUCUCUCUU